GGCGUCUAGUCAGCUGAGUCAACUGUACAAGAGUGUAUGUAUGAAGAAAAAAAACGUUAUCUUUACAUAUCCAUAAGUUGGUAAAUUUUGAAAAUAAAACCUAUAAAAUCAUCUGAUACGAAGAUUAAGGAGAAACUGAAAAGAAAGAGAUAUGAGCCAAAUAAUUUAAAGCAAGCCCUACAAGCAGUACAAAAUGGUAUGAGUCGAAAACUUAUCAGGUGCUACGAACGACAUUCAUUUACAGACUCAAAAAUUCCCUGCAUAAUUCGUGUCCAGGUCCUUCUAUUGUGUACUGACAGAAAACGAAGAAAGAAAUAAUUUAAAAUUAAAAAUUUUGUACAGCCGACUUCAAUAUAAGUUAUUUAAGAAUAACUCAAAAACUAUUAGUCUGGCCUUGAUCAACUAUUGUAUGGGACCACACGAGAACUAUCAGAUUUCAUAUAAAAAAAAGAAUCAUCGAAAUCGGUUGACCCAGUACAAAGUUAUGAGGUAACACGCAUAAAAAAAAUACAGUCGAAUAGAGUACCGUCUCCUUUUUGGAAGUCGGCAGAUAAAUAGGAAUGGAUUAAUGGUUGUUGCAGAAGCGAUUUCCCAAAAGAAAAGAAGAUAUUUUAAACAGUUAAGGCUAACCUAACAAAAAAUAAGAGGCUUGGUAGGUUGACAAUGGUGAGAAAUGGUUUAAACUGUUUUUGCAGCGUCACCCCAAACUUAGUUUUCGGACACCUGAAGCAGUCACAGCCGCCACCGCAGCAGUUUCAGAAAAUGACAUUAGGGGCUGGUUUAAUCAAAGACUAUCUCCAGGAAUAUGAUUUAUUUGUAUGUGUAUGUUAUAUGUCCUCUCUGAUUCUCGUCGUGUUUUUAAUGGGGAUGAAACUAAUAUCCUCCUUUGUCCUAAAACAGGCGUAGUAUUUGCUCCGAAAGGCUACAAAAAUGUGUAUGAAGUCAAUAGCGCCCCAGCAAAAACAUCGCUAACAGUAAUGUUUACAUUUUGUGGUGAUGGACAUCUUACUCCACCCAUGGUAAUAUUCCCGAAUAAAAGACUGUCGGCUGAUAUAUCCUCAAAGGUUCCUCCAGACUGGGAUAUAAGAUUAAGCGAUAAUGGAUGGAUAAAGUCUAAAAAAUCUUCCACGAUUAUAUCGAAAGCGUCCUUUAUCCCCAUUUGGUCAAAUCAGGAACACAGUUUUCAAUAAUCCUCUUUGUUGACGGGCAUCUUUAUCCCAACUGCACAAGGCUUUUACAACCCGCGGACGUAUCGGCUUUCAAGCCACUAUAAUAUGGUUGGUAAAAAUCUGUGCUAGAAUGGCGGCGAAAUCAUCCUUUAACAAAAAACAACUUUGUGCCACUGCUACAAAGUACCAUAGAAAAACGGAUCACGCCGAAGCCAUUUACGACCGUUGAGGUCGUAAAUGGCUUCAGAGUUCACUGGUUUAUGUCCAUGGGAUAUAAAUGCAAUUGAUUUUACAAAAUGUAUUGAAAAGAGUACGGACCAUAUAGAAAAAUCAAGUGAAUAUUGUGAAAUAAGAAUGUUUUAUGAAUUUCAUAGGGGGAAAACAAAAUAGCAGACCUCGAAAGAUAUGCGCUGACAUCAGAGGAUAAUUACUUACGAAGAAUUUGGGAUAUCUUUAAACGAAAUGAAACACUUAACCGAUGAGUGAAAAGAUUACUGAGAAGAAAGAAACAUUACUAAACAAAAUGACAUUACAAUAAACCCAAUUUCUAUUGCCGAUAUGAGAGUUGUCAUCAGUGAUGAUGUUCAAUUAGAGGAAACAAUUUCUGAUUUCGUUUCGGUGUCACAUGAAGUAGUAGUAAGUAGUGAUUGAUUACGAAUUAUAAUGACUGUAAUUCUUUACACAAAAAUAAAAUUAAUAUAGAUGCUGAUGACGAUGUUAGGUGUUCCGAAGACGUGCAAUUUAUAACUAUAACUCACGAGGCAGAGAUACACUCUCAAAAUAAUAAUAUGUAACCAGAAGUUACACCUUGCAAAAAGUCAAACUUAAAAGAAAACAAAGUAACAAAUGUAGCGGCGGAGCAUGAAUAUAAUAAAAUACAAUUAAUUUAAGAUAAUAUAAAUCCUGUUAAAAUUCCUAAGUCAAUAUUAUCGGAUUUUACUCCUGUUAAAGUGCUAGAAUUCCUUGUGUUGUCUUAGACGCCACAAAGAAAAGGGACUAAAAAUAUUAAGAGGGCGCCUUUUGUAUUGACAUUGGCUGAGUGGAAGGAACUAGAAAAUGAAAAAAUUUAAAUCAAAGAAGAAAAGGCUGAAAUAAUUAAAAAAAGAAAAGAAGAGAGAAAGAGAGAAUAACAAAAAAUAAACAAAACGGAAAGAAAAUAUUAAACCAAAAUCUAAGAAGGAAUCUGCUACAAAAUUCGAUGGAGUGAGGAAGUUAUUGUUUAGUAAUACAUUUUAUAAUAUGGACACAUCCCAGAAAUUACAAAUUAAUGUCGAUCAAGAACAGAACAAUAAAGAAGAGAAAAAGAAUAGUUUCCAAAAAGACAAAGAAAAUAGCCGGAAUAGUUCAUUUGAACAUUAUGAAAUAGGUAGUAAGAAUAAAAAGUAUACACAACAGAAGAAAUAGAACGUUUUCUAACAGUGAUUGAAGACUGAGAUAAUGAUAAUUAAGAUCUUUUCUACAGUUAUUUACAAAAUACCCAGUCUUAAUAGUCAAUUGACUCUAUUAUUGUACCUAAGUAAAGCCAAAACAUGUACCUACUUCAUAAUAAACAUUGAUUGCC